AUGGAGAGCUUUGCACUCAAUUCUCUCUCACCAUCUUCUCCCUUUUCCCAACUCCGUCAUCGUCAUCCUCCUCGCCCCAUUAUCUCCAGAUCCCAAUUCUCACUCGCCACCCCAUUUUCUCUCCGAUCACCCAUCAUCAUCUCCCAACCCUUCUCCUUACCUUCCAAAGCCAAAACCUUUAAAUUCAACCCCUUUUCAAAACCCCAUUACCCAAUUCAAGCUUCUUCAUCACCUCCUCCACCUUCAAAGUCCCCACCACCACCACCAUCACCACCUGCAACAACAACAACACCUCUCCAGGGUGCAAAGCCCGGGCCUUUUUUUAUUUCCAUAUGCAUCGGCCUCAUUGUUCGCUUCUUCGUCCCCAAACCGGUGGAAGUUACCCCCGAGGCCUGGCAGCUCCUCUCCAUUUUCCUCUCCACAGUCGCGGGCCUUGUUCUCAGCCCGCUUCCCGUCGGGGCAUGGGCCUUUCUGGGUCUCACGGCCACUGUCCUCACCAAGACUCUCACUUUCUCAGCGGCGUUCAGCGCCUUCACCAAUGAGGUCAUCUGGCUCAUCGUCAUUUCCUUCUUCUUCGCUCGUGGAUUCGUGAAGACUGGACUUGGGGAUAGGGUUGCCACUUACUUCGUGAAGUGGAUGGGAAAGAGCACUCUGGGUCUCUCUUAUGGGCUCACAUUCAGUGAAGUGCUGAUUGCACCGGCAAUGCCUAGCACCACCGCCAGGGCUGGUGGGGUUUUCUUGCCCAUUAUCAAGUCACUCUCACUCUCCGCUGGUAGUGAACCCGGUAGUCCCUCAGCUAAGAGACUCGGGGCUUUCCUCGUUCAGAAUCAAUUUCAGUCUGCUGGUAACUCUAGUGCUCUUUUCCUAACUGCUGCAGCUCAAAAUCUGCUGUGUAUGAAAUUAGCAGAGGAGCUUGGGGUGAUAGUUCCAACCCCUUGGGUUACUUGGUUUAAGGCAGCUAGUUUACCCGCGUUUGUUUGUCUUCUUCUCACACCAUUGAUUUUGUACAAGCUCUAUCCCCCCGAAAUCAAGGACACACCAGAGGCUCCUGCCCUGGCUGCCAAGAAACUGGAAAGUAUGGGCCCUGUCACUAAAAAUGAAUGGAUUAUGAUUGCCACAAUGCUUCUUGCAGUUUCCUUGUGGAUCUUUGGAGACACUAUUGGCAUAGCAAGCACUGUAGCUGCAAUGAUAGGUUUAUCAAUACUCCUCGUAUCAGGAGUCCUUGACUGGAAUGAUUGCUUGAAUGAAAAAUCGGCAUGGGAUACCUUAGCUUGGUUUGCCAUUUUGGUGGGUAUGGCAAGCCAGUUAACAAACCUUGGAAUUGUGAACUGGAUGUCUGAUUGUGUGGCUCACAACCUUCGGUCGUUAUCUUUGAGCUGGCCGGCUUCACUAGCUGUUCUUCAGGCAGCUUACUUUUUCAUCCACUAUGUUUUUGCAAGUCAGACUGGACAUGUGGGGGCUUUAUACCCUGCGUUUCUUGCCAUGCAUAGGGCAGCAGGUGUUCCUAGUACACUGGCAGCGCUUGCUUUAGGUUAUAAUACAAAUCUUUUUGGUGCAAUAACACACUAUAGUAGUGGCCAGGCUGCUGUAUACUAUGGAGCUGGUUAUGUAGACCUUCCGGAUAUCUUCAAAAUGGGGUUCAUCAUUGCUGUUGUUAAUGCUGUCAUCUGGGGAGGUGUUGGCUCUUUGUGGUGGAAAUUUUUGGGCUUGUAUUAA